GUAAGGAGACACGUACGCGGAAGGAGCAAGCACUGGCAGACGGCAGAGCUGGCGUAAAGGGAACUAGUGGUUUAGGUCACAACGACCAUCAUGCUCAAAGCUGUGAUCCUCAUUGGAGGACCCCAGAAGGGGACUCGCUUCAGGCCUUUGUCGUUUGAAGUGCCCAAACCGUUGUUCCCUGUGGCAGGUGUCCCUAUGAUCCAGCACCAUAUAGAAGCCUGUGCCCAGGUCCCUGGGAUGCAGGAGAUUCUACUCAUUGGCUUCUACCAGCCUGAUGAGGCUCUCACCCAGUUCCUGGAAGCUGCACAGCAGGAGUUUAACCUUCCAGUCAGGUAUCUGCAGGAGUUCACUCCCCUUGGCACAGGGGGUGGCCUCUACCAUUUUCGGGACCAGAUCCUGGCUGGCGCACCUGAGGCCUUCUUCGUGCUCAAUGCUGAUGUCUGUUCUGACUUCCCCCUGAGUGCCAUGUUGGAUGCUCACAGGCUCCAACGCCACCCUUUCCUACUCCUUGGCACCACGGCGAACAGGACACAAUCUCUCAACUACGGCUGCAUCGUUGAGAAUCCACAGACGCAUGAGGUCCUGCACUAUGUGGAGAAACCCAGCACCUUUAUCAGCGACAUCAUCAACUGUGGCAUCUACCUUUUCUCCCCAGAAGCCCUGAAGCCUCUCCGGGAUGUUUUCCAGCGUAAUCAGCAGGAUGGGCAACUCUGCCUUGCUCUGGGGGAGGAAUCUCCAGGCUCUUGGCCUGGUGCAGGGACCAUCCGACUAGAGCAGGAUGUGUUCUCAGCCCUGGCUGGGCAGGGCCAAAUCUAUGUGCACCUCACCGACGGCAUCUGGAGCCAGAUCAAGUCGGCAGGCUCGGCCCUUUAUGCUUCCCGCCUGUAUCUGGGGCGAUACCAGAUCACCCACCCAGAACGGCUAGCCAGACACACUCCAGGGGGCCCACGAAUCAGAGGAAAUGUUUACAUCCAUCCAACUGCUAAAGUGGCCCCAUCAGCUGUGCUGGGCCCCAAUGUCUCCAUUGGGAAGGGGGUGACCAUAGGCGAGGGUGUGCGUCUGCGGGAGAGUAUUGUCCUCCACGGAGCCACACUGCAGGAACACACCUGUGUCCUUCACAGCAUUGUGGGCUGGGGGAGCACUGUGGGGCGCUGGGCCCGCGUAGAGGGGACUCCCAAUGACCCCAAUCCCAAUGACCCCCGCGCCCGCAUGGACAGCGAAAGCCUCUUCAAAGAUGGAAAGCUACUUCCUGCCAUCACUAUCCUGGGCUGCCGAGUACGGAUCCCCGCUGAGGUGCUUAUCUUGAACUCGAUUGUUCUACCACAUAAGGAGCUGAGUCGAAGCUUCACCAACCAAAUCAUUCUGUGAGGUGCUGCCCAAGGACUCCGCCCGCUCUCCUGUGGGAUGCCGCCUGCCUGGCCAGCUCUGUCCAGAAAGGACCUGAGGAAGCCACCUCGUAGGGAGCCAUGUGUGUGGCCAGGGACACCUGGCCUCCCUCCCCACCCCCAAAUAAACCCCCGUGAACCUUGGA